GCUUUGGAGGAUUGAACAACUAGCCUCUAAUGACACGACAGAGUAGUGAAAUCAAAACAACAAGGCAUUUAGUCACAAAUAUUUCAGAUUUAACCUUAAUCAGCGGCCCAUAGGCCUACAAGUAGGUCCUGUGCCAUCAGUCCACUCAUUUCAUCAUUCAUCAAUGCGUGAUCAUGUGAAGAGAGCAUGAUCGGGGCGGAGACAUGAUGACGUCCUACAAGCGUUGGCCAAUCACAGGCUCUGUUUUUUGGCUUGUGUUACGACUGUAAAUACCGACUUCACUCACUGCUUCAUUUUGCACAGCUGCAGCCUCCGGACUGAGCGGACACGACGGAGCCUCACCAACCUGGAUUGCCAUCUGAAUUGACAAACUGUUUGACAUUGGACGCGGCACAUUUUCUGUUGUCAUUGCAGUGAAAAAUCCUCAUACGCAAACGGGAGGACUACAGAGGACACAAAGAUCGCUGCUGUGCCGUUGCUCCGUUAGCCAUUUAGUAACCGGCUAGCUAGCUAGCUGUUAGCCAGCGCGCAGCAAGUUAGCCACUUCUGCGCAUCAGCUAGCUAGCCAGGGUCUAUUUGUAAUAUUGCGCAUAGGGUUGUUUGAAGAAGACAUCCACGGUGUUGCAGCCAGGUGCACCCAAGAAUCUGACCGUGGUCGGCUGGUGCUUGGUCGGCUCGUCAGCCCAUUGCAGUGCCUCCUAACAGCGGGCUAGGAUAUGAGAAAGAAUGAGUCAGAGGGACACCCUGGUUCAUCUAUUUGCAGGAGGAUGCGGGGGCACGGUGGGUGCCAUCCUGACGUGUCCGCUGGAGGUGGUGAAGACGCGUCUGCAGUCCUCCUCCAUCACCUUCUACGUGUCUGAGGUGCAGCUGAGCGCCGUCAACGGGGCCAGCGUCGCACACACCUCGCCGCCAGGACCCCUACACUGCCUAAAGUUAAUAUUGCAGAAAGAAGGUCCUCGAUCUCUCUUCAGAGGGCUGGGUCCCAACCUCGUUGGCGUGGCUCCCUCCAGGGCCAUAUAUUUUGCUGCCUAUUCCACGGCGAAGGAGAAGUUGAAUGGAGUGUUUGAGCCUGAUUCCACGCAGGUGCACAUGGUGUCGGCUGGUUUAGCAGGGUUUACUGCCAUCACCGCCACCAAUCCCAUCUGGCUCAUCAAAACACGCCUGCAGCUGGAUGCCAGGAACCGGGGGGAGCGUCACAUGAGUGCGUUUGAGUGCACGCGGCGGGUGUACCGGUCGGACGGGUUCCGAGGGUUCUACAGGGGGAUGUCCGCGUCCUACGCCGGCAUCUCAGAGACUGUUAUCCACUUUGUCAUUUACGAGAGCAUCAAGCGCAAACUGGCGGAGUCCAAGGCGCACGCCAAUAUGGACGAGGAAGACGAGGGGGUGAAGGACGCCUCAGACUUCGUAGGCAUGAUGCUGGCUGCAGCCACCUCCAAAACAUGUGCCACGUCUAUCGCCUAUCCACAUGAAGUCAUCCGCACGCGGCUUCGAGAGGAGGGCAGCAAGUACCGUUCUUUCUUUCAGACUCUGAGCAUGGUGUUCCGUGAGGAGGGCUACAAGGCGCUGUACCGCGGCCUCACCACCCACCUGGUGCGCCAGAUCCCCAACACCGCCAUCAUGAUGUCCACUUACGAGCUGGUGGUCUACAUGCUCAACGGCUAACACACACCACCCAUCACCCAUCACCCACACCCACCACCCGAACCCCCCCAAACCCCACCCCACCCGGCCACCGCUCGCAGAGAAGAGAGGAGAAGAGAGCAAAAAAAAAAGAGAGAGAGAUGGAGGAAUAGAAAGAGAGAGAGAGAAAGAGAGCGACCGAUAUCAGUGGGAAUUGGACAGAGAGAGAGAGAGAGAGAGUGGGCUUUGGAGGGUUCCGCAGUGGAGCCACCAGGCCUUUAGAGGGCGCUGUUGACUGCAGGAGGUGUGAUGGAGGGUGUGAGGCAGAGUAGGGAGGGAUAGAGGGAGGAGAGGGGGCGUGAGGUGGGGUGGGAACGAGGGAUUCUGAAUGAAUUGAUCGGAGGAGGGAGGAGGUGGGGGAGGCAGGAUCGAUCCCACACAAGGCACUGCAAUGUGGUUGGUUGUAGAGGACGGUUGUCCUACAUGAACCAGCCAACCAUUAGUGAUAAUCUCGACUCAGUUUUGACUCUGUUUUGUCUCUCCGUAAUUUCUCUCUCAAAAGAAGAGACAUCAGAGCAGACAAUCUGAUGCAGAGGGAGGAAGGGGGCAGGGGGAUGGGAGGCUCAAAAAACUGUAACUCCUGUUUAAAAAAAAACAAAAACAAAAAAAAACGACUGAAAACACUCAGACAGCUGUUAGCAGCUAGCUGUUGCUAACAUGCCACCAAUCUCAAGUCUCUGUUUGUUUGUUGUUUUGUUGUUAAAUGCAAAUCCCCUCCUUUCUAUAAAAUGCAGAUCCCCCGUCCGCUCUCCUGUCUAUCAAAUGCAAAUUUCUGUUUGCUUUACUCUUGUCGUCCCCGUCUCCCGUCCCCCUCCCCCCUUACUCUGCUGACAUCAGCGUCCUGACCUGUCUCGCCUCGCCGUGCAGCGCAGCGCGACUCAGGCCUCUUCUGGAAAGUCCGCUUACUUGAAGUUGUUGAGUCAGUGUUGAAGUCCUAGAUAAGAUAUGGCGCCCCCCACAGGCCUUGUUGUUUAGUGUCAGACUCGGUCUGGGAUAGGCCCAGAGACGUGAGGCCCCAGCACUCACAUACACACACACACACGCAUACAUACAUACAUACACACACACACACAUGCAUACAUACAUACACACACACUCACACACACACAUGCACAUACACGUAUGUAUGCAUACACACACAAACACGCACACACGUAUAUACCCACAUACAAACACACGUAUGCAUACACACACGCACAUGCAAACAUACGUAUGCACAUAAAAACACACACACACACACAUCCAAACAUACGUAUGCACAUAAAAACACACACACACACACACAUCCAAACAAACACACGCACAUUACCAUCCAGGGAGGCUUCACUCCCUCCAAACCCAAACCUAGACUCUUUUUUUUCUUUCGUUUUUGAUUUUUUUUUUGGUGGAUAGUUUAAUCUUGUAUUAUAAAUAUAUAUAUUAAAGAAUAAAAAAAAUAAUCAGUGUUCCUGUUUGAGCAAGUGUUUUGCUUUUGCAGUGUUCACUGGAGAUAUUGUACAGUUCAGUGUACUUAAUUGAUUUGAGUCAAGGAUAUUCCUAUAUGUGUACAUAAUAUGCAUAUCAAUAUCCCCCCUUGUUCCCUUGUCCUUUAACUCGAGUCCUAUGAUCAUGAUGCAUACGGUAGAGGCUGACCUUUCAGAAGUAUUAUUUGAAUCAGCUGCAGUUGUUCAAAGUUUGAGGAAAAAAAAGAAAAAAGAAAAGAAAAGAAAAAACUGUCUGAAUCUAUCGCAAUAUGGUGUGUUGAUGUGUUUAUUUUUUUCUUUCUGUCUUUUUGGCUACGUUUACAUGAGACAUUUUAAUUCAGAAUUAAACUCACUUUAAUUCAGAAUGAAAUUUUAAUUCUGAAUAAAGUUUGAUUCCACUUUGAAAACGAAACAUCUUCUUCACUCUUCACAAUUUGGAAUUAAAUGAAAGAUGAAAUUUUAAACACGACGGAAUUAUUUAAUUCGGAAUUAUUCAUUCGGAAUUAAAAACGACGUCAUGUUAGCGUAGCCUUUUCUGGUACAACAUGCUGGCCUUAGACUUCCUACUCGACUGUAAUGGAGUCUAUAAUGUUUUUUUUUUUGGUUUUCUAUAUUUUGCUUUAUUUCUUUUGUAAACGCUUUUCUUUGUUUUGUUUUGUUUUUGUUUUGUAUCCAUGAAUGGUCAGUGUCCUCAUCUCAUCUCAUGUCAUGUCAGCAAUGUGUUUACAUGCCGUCAGUCCUGUAUCUGUAUCUUGUGUCUCUCGUGUCUAUGAAGGACCUCAUAUUCAGAUUCAUAUUCAUAUCGGAUCUACUGCGUGUCCCCCCAGUCAGCUCCCCUGCACACUCGUCCAUUUCUCACACACACACACACACACACACACACACACACACACACACACACACACACACACCACCCGCCCACCACCAAUGUAUGGUUUCCCUUUCACCAGUCACACACACAGACACACCACAACCCCAACGUCCACUUUGCUGCCUUCCCUCCCACCACCCAAUAUCUACACACACACACACACACACACACACACACACACACACACACACACACACACACACACACACACACACACACACACACACACACACACACACACACACACACACACACACACACACACACACCACCAACGCACGGUUUCCCUUUCACCAGUCACACAUGCACACAACUCCCGAACGCAUGGAUCUCCUUUCACCAGUCAGUCAGUCAGUCAGUCAGCCAGUCAGUCCUCCACCCCACAGUAGGUCUUUGUCUCCAGUCAGCCGGUGCAUAUAGUCCCUUUACCCCACAGUAACUCAUGAGAAUGGGGGACCUUCAUGGCCAUUCUGGUGACCGGAGCCCAAGCUUCAGUCGAGGAUAGUUUGCCACAGUGAAUGUUUGUUUUCACUUUCAUUUGAUUUCUCUUUUCUUUUUCUCCUGCUCUUUAUGCAAGUGGGGGAGUGGGCAGGUCUUUGCAAACUCAUCUCAGUGUGUCACUGGGGUUGAAGACUCGGCUCUCGACUCUCAUUUGAACUGUGAAGGCUUGAAUUCAGUGUUUUUUGUCAUCAUCAGGCCCGCCGACAUGGGGGGGGACAAAGGGUUAUGUUGUCCCAGGCCCAGGGAGAUAGGGGGCCCAGAAUUGGGGGUCCUUUCAGAUGACUUUGUCCCGGGCCCAGCAAACGCUGUCAGCGGCCCUGCUCAUCAUCAGUACCAUAGCAACCACCACCACCACAGCAUAGGCCACGGGUACUGGUACUGGUACUGGUACUGGUACCGGCACUCGCCUGUCCCCUCGUUAGCCACGUUAGCAGGCGCUACUCUAUGCUGCAGACGUCCAUCUCCGGGCGGACCCCCGGGCUCAGACCUGGUUUCUGGACUACAGGCUCCGGAGUCUGGUCUCUUGUUUCUGGACUACGGGCUCCGGAUUCUGGUCUCUGGGUUCUGGGCUCGGACCCACAGGCUCUGGGCUGCCACAUACAUUAUUCUGUAGUGCUGUAGGCAGAGAGGAGGAGCUCACACACAUGGGGAGAAUCAUCCAUAUUAUUAUUAUUAUAUUAUUAUUAUUAUUAUUAUUAACCUGACAACCCUCAACCUUGCAUUGAGUACUUGUCUUGGUCAAAGCAUUAUUGUUAUUACUAUACCUAACAGUAUCAUACUGUGUCUCUGAACAACGGCUGUUUUUUU